CAAAUCGCCCUUUGUGUCAAGUCUGCAUGCGUUAUGGCCACACAGCUCCAACUUGCCACUACAGGUUCGAUAAGAACUGGAUUACUCCCAAAUCUGUAGUUGGCAACCCACCUCCACAAGCUCAUCUCACAGAACAGGUUCUUGAAUAUGACCCUACUGCCUUUGUGGCACAAACCAUCCCUGAUUUUGGUGAUGAUCAAGGUUGGUAUGUUGAUACUGGUGCAACACAUCACAUCUCCUACAAUGAAGCUCCCCUUGACUCAUCUACUCCCUAUUCUGGCCAAGAAACUGUAGCCGUGGGUGAUGGACAAGCAAACGGGAGCAGUUCUUGUCAAAGGGACACUUAAAGAUGGGCUUUAUCUUCUUGGAGAUGAUGGCUCGAACCUGUCAAGCACUU